AUGGAUUUUGUAGGAUAUAUUAGUGGUGUAAUGGGAUUAAUAGUUGGAAGCCCUUUAGAUGUUCUAAAGGUUCGCUUACAAACAGUGCAAUCCGAUUCACCAUCUCAUACAUUCUAUAAGUCUUCAUCAUUGAAAAUUUUGAUGAAAAUGAAGCAAACGGAAGGGUUUAAAUCAUUUUUUAAAGGUGUGGGUUCUCCAAUUAUAGGUCUUGCAUUUUUAAAUUCAAUACUCUUUACCUCUUAUGGAAGUAUUUUGCGAUUUUUUGAAAAUAUUGAUAAUUCAUCACAAAGAAUACCAUCCUUGACUCAGGUGUAUGUAGCUGGCUUUGGUUCUGGUGUUGCAUGUUUUCUAGUCAGCACACCAACAGAGUUAGUUAAAUGUAAAGCUCAAGCAGCUAAGCAAAAAGGUUUGAUGAUAUCAUCAACUACAUGGAACGUGUUUAAAGAUGUAAUUCAAACAAGAGGAGUCAAAGGAUUAUAUCAAGGUGGUCUUAUAACAAUAAUUCGUGAUGCUCCAGGUUAUGUGCUUAAACGUUCAUUAAAUGUGACAUCAGAUAAUUUUGAUCGCAACAAUGGUCCAAAGUUACUUUUCUCAGGUGGAAUGGCUGGUGUUCUUUCUUGGGCUAGCAUUUAUCCUUUAGAUGUCAUUAAAUCACGCAUACAAACGCAACAACAACCUAAAUCUACUAUCAUGAACAAAACAAUGGCAUCAUUUGUUAAUUAUAAUCAACCUUUAACAAAAAUUCAACAACCUUCAGCAUCCUAUUCUGGUAUUAUUGAUUGUGCUGUACGUUCAUAUCGCAAGGAAGGAAUUUCAGUAUUUUUUAAAGGAAUUACACCUACACUUGUGAGAGCUUUACCAGUAAACGCAGUAACUUUUUAUGUUUAUGAAAUUAUGAUUCGCUGGCUGAAUCGUUUUCAAAAUUAA